AGCCAAUCAGUACAUUCGACAGACGCAGCUGGCCGAGUGAGGACAAAUACCGGAAAAGUAGAGAAGUCGACGUUAAAUCGGACAAUCUUCUGUAUCGAAUGACUCAGCAGCGGACAGCACACGUCUAAAGGUUUAUCUUCCAAUGUCUGUCGGAAUGAAGCCGCUGAAUUUGCAAACAAGCAUGGCACCCAGGGAGCCCCGCUUUUCCACAAGUGGGACAAGUUUGACCUCCAACUACGUUCCACCGAGUCUGGAGAACAAGCUGCUUUCGCAGACUUCCCUCUUGAGUUUUACACCCCAGACGUCCUCGUGCAUCUCCUUGCUUCCUUCCAGCCUGACUUCCACCUCCUCCAACCUCCUCUUGUCAUCCCCACUCUCUUUGCCCUUCAUCAGCACCCAGAACAAGCUCCUCGACUCAUCCCAUGUGGCGCAGGCCAACCAUCUGCUCGCCACCUCUAUGCCCCAAAGUGCUCUCCUCUCUCGCUUUUCCCAGCCGCAUUUUUUCGUCCCUUUGGGGGAAGGAGUACAGAGGACAGACGAUGACGCCGGAGAUGAAACAUCUGAAGCUGAGCAGUCCUCUGCUGAAGAAACAAGCAUGCACUAUUCUGAUGAGGAUGACCAAAUGUUUGAAGAGGAAAGUGAGGAGGAUGCAUCCUUAGCUAUGGAGGCUGAUAUCCCAGAACUGGACCACAAAGGCAACCAGGGGGAGAAACCUGUGGUCAGAAAUGAGGAAUUUGCUGAGGUGGUCCAAACGAAGCCGCAGAUUGAGGAGGAGAUCCAGAAUAUAAAGUAUCGCCUGCUGAAUGCGGUGUGUUGCUCCCUGGUCAAUAAGUGCGACCCCCCGGGUCAGAAGGACUGGGACUCUCAGGAGAGCUUGUGGACCACAAUCAUAAACAUGGUCAAGAAUAUUUCUGUGUCCGACCCCCAGUUUGUUCUUAAGGUGGCGCUUUAUGCAAGACAGGAGUUAAACAUCCGCAUCACAGCCAACUUCCUGUUGGCUCUGGCUGCCAACCAGCCCACCUCCAAGUGUCACGUCCGCAGAUACUUCUGUGCCAUCAUCCAGCUGCCGUCCGAUUGGCUGGAAGUGAUUCGCAUCUACAAGACGUGCUUCAGCCGCUCGCUGCCCAUGUGUCUGAAGAAGGCCAUGGCUGACAAGUUCAAAGAGUUCAGCGAGUAUCAGCUGGCCAAGUACAACACGCGCAAACACCGCUGCAAGCACAACCGCAAUAGACACAAAAGAACGAAACCAACUGAGAAGGAGCUGAAAACAUGGGCCAACCUCCUCCGGUCUGAUACAUCUGCUUUAGAGAAAUAUCUAAAGUUGGAUAAGAAGAUUGUGGUGGACAAGAAGCAAAGUGAGUUCAACAUGAAAAAGAUGAUCAAGCUGUUUCACAUUAAAGAGCCAGCUCAGCACGUUAUGGCCGUGCUGGGACGGAAGUAUCCUUCUGACCUGAAGACGUUCAACCGCAGUGGGUUGACGGGUGCUUGGGAGCAUGAGAGGGCGGGACAAAGGAUGAAGCUGAAGGAGGCCGAGACAUGGGAGCGUCUGCUCAGUCUGGAGGGCAACAAUGCCACUACGUGGGAGAAACUCAUUGACAACAAGUCUCUUCCUUUCAUGGCCAUGCUGAGGAACCUGAGGAACAUGAUCAGUAAAGGUAUCAGUCAGACACAUCACCAGAAGGUUCUUAGCAGGCUUAACAAUAAGAAAGCGGUCCUUCAGAGCCGACAGUUUCCUUUCAGGUUCCUGUCUGCCUACAAAGUCAUAAUGGAGCUUCGUGAAAUGGCGUCACCAAAACAUUUCAUCACCAAGAAAAACGAAAUCUUGAAGGAGAUCCUCAAAAAGUUCCCCAAGAGCAAACGCUUCCGUCGCCUGGACUGGGAAACGGCCAACAGGAAGCGGCUGAAGGCGACGCUUGGAGUGCCGUUUGUCUACCAUUUAUACCGCAUGAAGAAGGACCAGCUCCUCAAGGCAAAUCAGAAGCAGUACACUGUUGACUUGUUGGACCGUUAUCGGGAAGCUCUGGAGGAGGCGAUGCAGAUUUCUUGCCGCUACAACAUCCCCCCUCUGCCAGGACGCACCGUCAUUUUGCUCAACACCAACAUGAAUGACAAUUAUUCCUGGAGCCGAAAACUGGACUUCUGCCUUCCUCCUAACUUGAACAAAGACAACAACGAGGAAGAGCAGGACCAAGAGAAUGAUGAGGACGACGAGGAGCAGUACGAAGAGGACGACGAGGAGCAGUACGAAGAGGACGAGGAGCAGGACGAAGAGGACGACGAGGAGCAGGACGAAGAGGACGAGGAGCAGGACGAAGAGGACGAGGAGCAGGACAAAGAGGAGAAAGAUGAAGGCGAAAGGAAGAAGAAGACAAAAGCUAACGAGGACAAGCUCUCCCCUUCGAUGAUGGAGGUGGCCGCCUUGCUCGCUCUGAUGACGGCCAGCAGCUGCGAAGACGUGCACAUUUUAUUGCUGGACUGGAAUCACUGCCACCACGUCCAGCUGACGUCUGAUGUGCUGUUAGAAAAUGUCAGGAGUGUGAUGCAGCAAAUCAAGACGUUAAGAGACGAGACGGACAAGAGGCCUGAAAUCAGCCAUUACUUCCCCACGUUCCUCAAGAAAAACAAGGUGGACACCAUCAUUUCUCUGACUGAGAGUUGGUCCAACAGUGAAGUGGAGUGGGCUAUAAGCAACCACAGGAAGGAAACCAGCAACAAUGUUCUCUUUAUUGAGAUCACCAUGUUAGGACGGGACAAUGAGUGCCUCACAUCCAACAGGAACCAUGUGAAGCUGGCAGGCUUCAGUGAACAAAUGCUGAGGUUUGUGUCUGAGCGAGGGUCAUCAAGGCUGCUAGACCACGUGGAGCACUUGGACAAAGUUUAUGACAUCCCACCACCACAGGGAGCUAAAGACCCUGAACCUACAUGCAGCGUCAUGUCACUUCCUACUACGCCUAAGCUGAAGUGGCGAGAUGUGCGGGUCUUCAUCUCCUCCACCUUCCGAGACAUGCAUGCCGAGCGCGACAUCUUGGUACGUAGCGUUUUCCCGGAGCUCCGGCGCCGUGCUGCGGCACACCGCCUCCAUCUGCAGGAGGUGGAACUGCGUUGGGGUGUGACGGAGGAGGAGACGGGCCGGGCCAUCGAGCUGUGCCUGGCGGAGGUGUGUCGCAGUCAGAUGCUCGUAGGGAUUCUUGGCGAGAGGUACGGCGUUGUACUGCCCAGACCUGUUCUACCUGAUCUUCCGCAGUACAGAUGGCUGGCAGAAGCUCCUAAUGGUCUUUCAGUCACAGAGAUGGAGCUGCGUCAGUUUCAGGCCAUAAAUAGCGAGACUGCAAAAAAGCAAAUGUUUUGCUACUUCAGAGAUCCAAACGCCACAAAAUCGGUGCCUGUGGCUUGGAAGUCUCACUUUUCCCCCGAGUCAAAGGAAGCUGAGUCCAAAUUGGCGUCUUUGAAGCAAUGGCUCCAGGAUGCGGAGGUGAAGGUCACCAAAAAUUACCAGUGUGAGUGGGGUGGCGUUGUCGAAGGGAAGCCGUAUUUAAAGAACCUGGAGGAUUUUGCCAAAGCUGUACUGGAGGACCUCUGGGCGGCUCUUGUGAAACAGUUUGUUGAGGAGGACGAAGAAGUUGAUGUAGCGUCUGAGGUGUUCGAGCAGGAGGUCCACCAGGGGGCGCUGGAGAGGCAGUUUCUCAGCAGGACCAAACUGCUGUCGGCCGCUGUGGAGAUGGUGGAGCAGGUCACAGUAAAAGGCGGGCUGAUGGUGGUGGAGGGAAGGCCUGGACAGGGAAAAACAGUUUUCAUGGCUGCUCUAGCAAAGAGCCUCAAAACUGGAGCUACAUCCAAGAAAAACAUCACGUGUGAUGUCCUUUCAUACUCUACAGCUGCCAGUCCCUCACAUUGCUCCGAGGACAACUUCCUGAGGUGUCUCGUCCGCUGGUUGAGGACGCCAAAAGAGGAGGAUUCAACCUUGCCUCUUUCUUACAAGGAUUUAGUGUUGGAAUUUCACGCCACCCUGAAGGACAUGAAGAGGAGCAAACCUCUCGUGUUGCUUGUGGACGGUGUGGAUCAGCUCAGCUCUGAUUGGAUACCACAGCACCUUCCACACGGUGUUUGUUUGGUCCUGAGUGCCACAUCCAAGUCGGCUCUGUUACAAGUUGUAGCAAAGAAGACAUCCACUUUACUCUUCAGCUUGACCCCGCUCACCAUGACGGAGCGAAGGGAAAUCACCCAGAGAGGACUUGAGGCCUUCGGGAAGAAACUAAGUGACUCUGCCUUCAACAACCAGCUGCAGACGUUGAUAAUGAAGAAAGGUGCAGAAAGUCCUCUCUAUCUAUACAUGGCUUGUGAAGACUUGAGAAACUUUUCCUCUUUUGACAAGCUAAAGGAGAGCCUACAGGAUUUGCCUCAGUCUCUAAACCAAUUGAUCCAGUACAGCCUGGAGAGACUCUGCUCACACUACAGAGACGUGCGAGGACUUCGCUGGGCUCUGGCAGCGCUUACAGUCAGUGCCAUGGGCCUGAGGGAGCGAGACUUCUACUUGCUACUGAGCACGUGCAAUGACCUAUGCUCGCUCAAAGAAGAGUGCACGUGGCAGGAAGUUCUGCGUCUGUGCAAGAUGCCCAAAGGACGCAUUCCCAUGGCCACCUUUACCCGCAUUGUGCAGAGCUUGCGAAGCCUGAUGAGUCCGUCUAACUGCCGCAACACUGACGACCUGCUGUCUUCGUCCAACCUGCUCGUGAAGAAAGCCUUCAAAGACUUUCUCUUGCCAACAGAAGACGACACAAGAAGAGCUCAUCUGGUGUUGGCAGGUCACCUUUGGGUGCUGGCAGACGCUCAGGGCACUGACACCUUUCUUCACUGCGAGGUCGACGCCAUUCAGCACUUGUCUGCUAGUCUGAUACAAAGUGGCAAGCAGGAGGCGCUCCGAUCACUCCUCUCCAGCUAUUAUUUCCUAUACGCUCAUGUACGCCACAACCUGCUGCACCACCUGAUGGACAUUUACAACAUGCUUGGUGACUUGCCGGACGCUUUGAAGGACUGUCAAGAUUUCCUGCAGCGCCACGCGACCGUGCUCGCCUCCUGGCCGACGCUCUUCAUCCAGCAGGCCCUCAACGAGCCCUCAAAUACCCCCGCCCAUGCCUGGGCCCAAGACCUCAUGGGCAGCGGGACCGUGCGAGCAGUGGAGUGGCUCAACAACCAUUUAUUUAAGGAGAGCAGUCAGCUGAUGUCCACCUUCAUGUCGAAGCCCACCUGCUUGGCGAUGAGCUCCGAUGGGGAGAUGGUGGUUGGUACUGGACAGGGAACUCUGCAUUUCAUCAACACAAACACGGGACAGCAAGUGAAGUCUUUAGUCAGCAGCUGUGACGGAAUCUCCACCUGCGUGGUCCUGAAGGACCGGCGUGUUGCUACAACCUCGUUCGAUGGCCAAAUCGAGAUCUGGGACUCUGAGAGUGGAUUCCGUACGGCACUUAAGGGCCACACUAAUGUGAUCACAGCCAGUGACAUAACCUCAGAUGAAAAGCACCUCGCCACGGCGUCCCUGGACUUGACACUGAAGGUGUGGUCUUCAACAAAAGGCCACGAGGUGGCAGCUCUUCCCAGCAGCAGCCCUUUAAACUGUGUGACCUUUGACCCAGAGGACCGCUUGCUUGCUGCCGGCCGUUGGGACGGGAAAGUCGUCGUAUGGCACUGGCUUCAGGAUACAACCCAAACGUUGCUGAGUGGCCACCGACACUCUGUGCGCAGCCUCUCCUUUACGCCGUCCUAUGGCAUGCUGUGCUCCGGUUCCGUGUCUGGCGAGGUGCGCGUGUGGUCUGUGGACCCCUUCUGCUGUGUGGGAUGUUUCCAGGCUCAUGCCGGCACCGUGGACGCCCUCACCUUUCUGGAUGAGGGCCGUUUUCUGCUGACCGCCGGCUCUGAUUACAAGCUGCAGCUGUGGUCUGGUGGACUUGGACGCUCAGUGGCUGUUUUAAAAAAGGAUCAAUGUGAGCAGGAGCCUCCUCACAAGAAAGUCAAGUGCGCCACCUCCUCGGUGCCCGGCGCUCUGUGCGCGGCAGUCAAAGGGGACUACGUCGCAGUGGGCUACCAUAACGACGGAUUUAAACUCUUCUGCAUCAGCUCAGGUGAGAGGAUCUGGGUCAACAAUCUUGUGCACUUGUCCGUUCCGUCUCUGCUGUGGUUGGACCCCGAGCUGCUGCUGUCCACCGGCUAUGACAAGCGUUUGAGAUUGUGGAAAAAAACAUUUGGGAAGGAUGGGGAGCUGACCGGCAUGGAGAUGACAGGAAUGUUUGCACCGCAAAUGGACAUCGUCCGGGCGGUAGCGCAAAGCUCCACUUACCUGGCGACUGCUUCGGAUGAUUGCACGGUUUUCCUGUGGCUGCUGAGCGAGCUAACAGACAACCCCGAGUCUGAUAUAAAGCCGGCUGCCAUUCUCAAGGGCCACAGCAAGGGUGUCACCUGUUUGGCCUUCAGCCCUGAUGGUGGACGGCUGCUUUCUGGUGGAAAAGACAAAGGUCUGGUCGUGUCAGACAUCACCUCGGAUCCUCCUGUUGUUUCCAAAGUGCUCCCCGCCUUCCAUCGAGACUGGAUCACUGGCUGUGUUUGGACUCCAGACUGUGUGAUAAGCUCUUCCGCUGAUUGCAGACUUUGUUUAUGGGAUGUUGAAACCGGUCGUCAUCUUCAAGUAAUCACUUGGAAGAGUCCGUUCACUUCUGUCUGCUGUCAGGGGCCAUAUGUGGCGGCCGGCUGCGCAGACGGCAACCUGCACGUGUGGAAGUGGGAGACAUGUGUGGAAGUCUGUCACAUUCCGGCCCACAAUGGACGCAUUCACAGCUGCUCUGUCGUGACUAACACAGACAAAAACAAAGAAGUGGAUGCAGAAGACCUCACCAUUCUUACAACAUCCCAGGAUGGAACUGCAAAUUUCUGGAAACCGUUACAGAUUCUUUGUCUUUCUCUACCUGCGGGAGAGCAGAUGGAACACAUCAACACCUUCCAGGGUCACAGCGGCGCGGUUUGCAGCAUCGUUCGGGAGGAGAACACACCACACUUCCUCACCGUUUCUGAAGAUUGCUCCUUGCGAAGCUGGACGUGGGAAACAGAGCAUCAGCCUAGUUUACGAGGCACGGUCAGCGCUUUGUGCUUCUCCCAGUCGGACCACAUGCUGCUUGUCGGCUACGAGUCGGGCCUGCUGGAGUUGUGGCAGGACGUGCACGUGGUCGGACACAAGCAGGCUUCAGACUGCAGCGUGACAGCCAUCUGCUCCAUGCCUAAUGGCUGCUUCGCUGUUGGCUACAUCGGCUCAUGUGUGGACGUGUGGAAGGUGGUGUGGAAUCAAAAGCACAGCGCUGGCAGUCUGGUCAAGAUGUCCUCAUACACGGUGUCCCAGCAAGUAGUUCGCCUUGGGUACUGCUCCGUCAUCAUGGCCGUGUCCAGCACCGGCUUGCUAUUUGAUGUCACCUGUGGUGAAGAUUCAGAGUGGGAAAAGACAAUCCACAGCUGGAACCAGCGCGUGGGAGUUCUGGGAAUAAUCCAAAAUGACGACAAAAGCAUGUGGCUGGUAGGCGAGGAUAACGGAGAGAUCAACAUCGGCUUCAUCUUCGCCAUGGGCCCAGAGAAUAACAUCAGUUCAUCUUUCAGCAACAUGACCCUGAAGAACAACAAGGAGGCUGAGAAGGAGAAAGAAGGCUUGAUAACAGCUGUCACUAUGGAAAAUGAAUUUGUGGUGUGUGGUGACGUCCGCGGCAACAUGUGGUUCAACCAGCCUCCGGAAGUGUCGUCAUGGAGCAGCAGGAAGCCUGCCCACCAUGACAAGAUCAGCGUGCUGAGACUCAUGGACGACAUCAUCAUCUCCGCCUCCAUGGACAGAACAGUGAAGCUGUGGGACAGAAGCACCAAGAAACAAGUGGGAAUGUUUGUGUGUGGCGGUCCGGUGCUCAUGAUGGAGGUCAACCCAGGAAAGCCCUCGGAGUUGGUCUGCUGUGACGGACUGGGGAAGCUUUACUUCCUCUCCUGGAGGCAAUAAUGCUCAUUACCUGAAUCAAAUCUUGACACUCACAUCCCCAAAGACUAUUAAUGUGUAAAAUGAAUCAAAUACAUGUCUUAUGCUAGGUGUUGAAGGACAUGUGCCUUUAGUUUACAAAGCAAGUAUACAAUAUGCACUUUCUAUCAGUUUGCUCUUUUUUGUGCGCUGAAUUCUUUUUUACUGUACUUGAUUAAAAAUCCUUAAGAUGUGGGUUAUAUAAUAAGUUUAUGUUCACAAUAAACCUUUUCUUGGAUAAUAAAUUAUGUUUAAACUGGCAA